AUGGGCGACGUUGGCACAGUCUCGGUAGGAGAUCUGAACGAUAGUGUUCCACAGGAGCAGGUUGAUCUUGGACCCGUUGGCAAGGAUGUGUACAUGCUCACUGGGACUGGUGUCGAGAGCAACAGAUUAAACCAACAACAUCAGCUAUUGAAGAAGACUGUCGGCUAUCUACUACACCCCGAAGUACAAGAACAUAUCACGACCAGCUCGAGCAUCGCAGACAUCGGCACGGGCACAGGGAUUGUUGUACUCGACCUUGAGAAAUCACUACCAUCGUCGACACAGCUCCAUGGGAAUGUAUCUUUGAGAGUAUACGAUGCCAAACAACCGCCUUGCAAAGAGUUGAGGAACAAAUACGAUGUGAUCCAUCUUCGAUACCUCAACUCAGGGAUGGGCGAGGAAGAUUGGGAGGUCGUCACACAAAACAUCUUCACCAUGCUCAAACCCGGCGGCUACAUCCAAUGGCUCGAAUCCGACUUCGGCGGCGCCCGCGGGCUACGCGCCAACCCCUUCACCACGGCCCACGUGCACGAAGAAAUCCACCGCAUCAUGCGUCCCCAACUCAAACACUGGUCCUUUGCGCCGCGCGAGCUCGAAGACAUCCUGCUGAACCAAGGGUUCCAGGACGUGCGCCAGGAGGUUCUGAGCACGGAUCGCAUCCCGGAGCUCAGGAGGGCGUGGAGUCUGAUUGAGAUUGGAGCGAUGGAGGGGUUUUUCCCGGGGUUGAGGCAUGGGUUCAGUGAAGGGGAGUGUCGGGAGAAGUUGAAUGCGAUGAAGGAGGAGGCGCAGGGGGAUGUUUAUGUUCGUUGGAAUAUUCAUGUUUGGAUUGGGAGGAAGCCGUUGCCUAACUGA